AUGGCGACCCUCUCUCCGGCCAGCCUGCCUUUCUGCGGGCUCCUGCUGCUGCUGCUCCGGGCCCCACACGCACUGGGCCUUGAGCCGCAGGCCAGAGGGCACCUCUGCCGGCCCCGGCCCACCGACCUGGUGUUUGUGGUCGACAGCUCCCGCAGCGUGCGGCCCGUGGAGUUUGAGAAGGUGAAGGCGUUCCUGUCCCAGGUCAUCGAGGCGCUGGACGUGGGGCCCAACGCCACGCGGGUGGGCGUGGUCAACUACGCGAGCACCGUGAAGCAGGAGUUCCCGCUGCGCGCGCACGGCUCCAAGGCGGCGCUGCUGCAGGCCGUGCGCCGCAUCCAGCCGCUGUCCACGGGCACCAUGACCGGCCUGGCCAUCCAGCUCGCCAUCACCAAGGCCUUCAGCCCAGCCGAGGGCGGCCGCGCCAGCUCCCCCCACAUCAGCAAGGUGGUCAUCGUGGUGACGGACGGGAGGCCCCAGGACAGUGUGCGGGACGUGGCUGCCCGGGCUCAGGCCAGUGGCAUCGAGCUGUUCGCUAUCGGCGUGGGUCGCGUGGACAAGGCCACGCUGCGACAGAUCGCCAGCGAGCCACAGGACGAGCACGUAGAUUACGUGGAGAGCUACAACGUCAUCGAGAAACUAUCCAAGAAGUUCCAGGAGGCCUUCUGCGUGGUGUCAGACCUGUGUGUGACCGGGGAUCAUGACUGCGAGCAGCUGUGCCUCAGCUCCCCUGGCUCCUACACCUGCGCAUGCCGCGAGGGCUUCACCUUGAACAGUGAUGGCAAGACCUGCAAUGUCUGUAGCGGUGGCGGCGGGAGCUCGGCCACUGACCUGGUCUUCCUCAUCGAUGGAUCCAAGAGUGUGCGGCCGGAGAACUUUGAGCUGGUCAAGAAGUUCAUCAACCAGAUCGUGGACACACUGGACGUGUCGGACAAGCUGGCCCAGGUGGGGCUGGUGCAGUACUCCAGCUCCGUGCGCCAGGAGUUCCCCCUGGGCCGCUUUCACACCAAGAAGGACAUUAAGGCUGCAGUGCGCAGCAUGUCCUACAUGGAGAAGGGUACCAUGACGGGGGCUGCCCUCAAAUACCUUAUUGACAAUUCCUUCACCGUGUCCAGUGGGGCCAGGCCCGGGGCCCAGAAGGUCGGCAUUGUUUUCACUGAUGGCCGGAGCCAGGACUACAUUAAUGAUGCUGCGAAGAAGGCCAAGGAGCUGGGCUUUAAGAUGUUUGCAGUGGGCGUGGGCAAUGCUGUGGAGGACGAGCUGAGGGAGAUUGCUUCAGAGCCCGUGGCCGAGCACUACUUCUACACGGCGGAUUUUAGGACCAUCAACCAGAUUGGCAAGAAGUUGCAGAGGAAGAUCUGUGUGGAGGAGGACCCGUGUGCCUGUGAAUCCAUUGUGAAGUUUCAGGUCAAAGUGGAGGAUCUGCUGCAGGCGCUGACCAGGAAACUGGAAGCCGUGAGUAAGCGGCUGGCCCUCCUGGAGAACAGAAUCAUCUGAGGCCGCUAGCUCCCACCUGUGUCCACCACCCCAACCCCACCUCCC